AUGGCCGCGCAGGGCGCCGCGGCGGCGGCCGGCGGCGGAGGAGGAGUUGCGGCCGCAGGCGCGGCCGCGGCGGCGGCGGCGGGGCGGUGGCUGGGGGUUGCGGGGGAGCACCUGUUUCUGCUGGAGAUGGGGCACCUGCUGGGGGCGCUGCAGCAGUAUGUGAUGGACCGGCUGGCGCACGGCGCCUGGGCAGACCUGGAGCAGGGCCUGGCGGCCGCGUCGUCUUUGGACGAGGUGCGGCGCUCCCACGCGGCCUUCCAGGAAGCCGUGCUGCGCCAGUGCUGCCAGGGCGCCGGGCGCGGCCGCGGCGCGACGUGGCGCCACAUCGGGCUGACGCUGCUGCAGCUGGCGGACGUCGCCCUCAGGGCGUGCCGCGCGCACAGACGGCUGCUAGAGCUGCGGGCGCAGGCGGCGGCGGCGGACGACGGCAGCAGGCCCGGGGGGCUUCGGACCAGGCGCCCGCAGCAGCAGCAGCAGCAGCAGGGGCGGCAGCAGGAGCAGCAGCAGCAGCAGCAGCAGGGGCGGCAGCAGCAGGGGCGGGAACAGGUGCCAGACGACGGGAUGGCGGGGGCUGCGGCGGCGGCGACGGCGCUGGAGGUCGCCGCGCUGCGCGGGGAGCUCGCGUCCGCCGCGGCGGGCUGGGGCGCGGGGCGCGCGUACCUGCUCCGCAUCCUGCGUAAUCGGGCGCUGCAGCUGGGGGGCGAUGACGAGGUGGACGCGCUGCUGGGGGCGCUGGGGUUCAACGGCUUCUACUCGGAGUGA